CAAAAAUCCUUUGUCCAAAUCCAAUGGAAAGUUGAAAGAAACUCUUCUUAUAAGCUGCGGUUUUGGUUUUGCUUUCUCUCUCUCUCUCUCUCUUCUCUCUGUAUUACUGUAGCCCCCACCCCACCACCCCUCUUUACUGUGUGACUGUGUGUAGUGUCUUCUUCUCAUCUUCUCUCUCUCAUAUCUAUCCUUUUUAUUAUCUUCAAAAAUUUUCAACUCAGCUCAGCUCAUAUCUCAUCAGCUGGUUUAUAUUUCUUUUUUAUAUUUAUUCCCUUCAAAUCCCCCUCUCCACAUUCAUCCCCCGAUCAUCAUCAAUCAAAUCCUUUUAUAUAAGUUUAUUAUUUUAUAUUUUGCCCAAAAAAAUAUUAUAAAGAAAGAAAAAAAAAAAAAAGAUCAUGAAGGGAGACUAUGUAAAAGAAGAACAAGAUCAUCAUUCACACACUAUGUUUGCCAAGCUCCAUCAAACUCAAAAAUUCCACCACCAUCCCCACCACCCUCCUCCGCCGCAUCAACCUCAGCACCACCACCAGCAACACCCACAACCGCCGCCUCCCGGUUUGUUCCACCACCCUCCUUUCAAUCCUCGGGAAUGUCAAACCUCCGAAGAAGUCGACAGCCAACGGAGUCCCGCCACCCCUUCCACCACCACCACCAACCGUGACCCUUCCUCCGCCGCCCAACACCAACAACAAAUCGUCCAUCUCCAAGCUCCUUCCUCCGCCGGCAACGACGGCGCAACCAUAGAGGUCGUCCGUCGCCCCCGAGGCCGCCCGCCCGGGUCAAAGAACAAACCCAAACCGCCGGUCAUCAUAACCCGGGACACCGAGCCGUCGAUGAGCCCCUACAUUCUCGAAAUCUCCGGCGGGGUUGACAUCCUGGAAACCAUCAUGACUUUCUGCCGGAAGAGGAACACCGGGUUGUGCAUCCUAAACGGGUCGGGCACCGUCUCCAACGUCACCCUCCGCCAACCUUCUACGACCCCAGGGGCAAGCGUGACAUUUCACGGCCGCUUCGAUAUCUUGUCCCUUUCCGCCACCAUCCUUCCGCCAACCAACGGUUACUCUGCUUCUGGUUCGGGUUCGGUUUCCAGCGGAAUCGCAAACGGGUUCACGAUUUCCUUAGCUGGGCCGCAAGGACAAGUGGUGGGGGGAACAGUGAUGGGCCCGCUGUUCACAGCUGGCACCGUUUUCUUAGUGGCGGCCACGUUUAACAGCCCAUUGUUUCAUAAAUUGCCGUUGGAAGAAGAAAGGGUACAGCAUUCUGGGUCGGCGGCGGCCGGAGGAAGCAGCGGAGGAAACGAGGGGCGUCAUCAGUCGCCGUCAGCCGUAUCUGGAGGAGAUGGAAGCGGUCAGGCAACUACUGGGCAAGCGGCGGUGGAUUCUUCCUGCGGCGGCGGCGGCGGUGGCGGUGGUGGAGGAGUAUCUAUGUACAGUUGCCAUAUGGCUUCUGAUGUGAUCUGGGCUCCGACAGCUAGACAACCUCAACAUCCACCGCCGUACUGAUCCGCCGUAUUAAUUAAUGCUUUUCUUUCAUUUUUUUUUGGUGUCAAUCUUUUAAGUUAAUUAAUGGGUUCUGGUUCAUCUUAUUAGUCUUCUUCAUCAUCAUCAUCCUAUGGAACAAAACUGUUUGUUAAGCUUCCAUUUGCUUUUGUAAACUUAUGUUGGGUUCUUCUUUUAGCCUUGGUAGCUGUUUUGUUUAAUGACUAGAAAGAUCUUGCCUUUUAGUAUUAUUUUAUUAGUGAUGAACUUUUUUUAUUCAACCUUUUACCCAUCUAUGCAUGCAAAUGUGAUUGAAUGGCCAAAUUGUGUGAAUCUUUCAUGAAAACAUGGGGGAGUUUUAAGCCAGUUAGGCACAUUAUGCUUGUUUUUACACAAAACUUCAAAACUGAAGGAAAUUGGGUUACGUUGCAAAGCAACUAGGAAAGAACAAUAUUUGGUGGUGUAAAUUGUAAUGUAAAUG